GUUUUGCUGUCCAGAGUUGUCUAUAUAUAUAACGGAGCGUUCCAAGUCACAGAUCUUGUAAGUUUCACCUACAAGAGCGGACUGCUAUAAAGCUAUAAACAAAACAUUUGAAGAUGGCUGGAAUUACGAAUUUAUUUUUGCCUCUGUUCUUAACUGUGUGCAUUGUAUAUGGAUCGGAGUCAUGUGGCAAGCCGGCGGAUGUUGCGUUUGCAAUCGACAGUUCUAGUAGUAUCUGGAUAUAUGACUUUUAUAAACAGAUCGACUUUGUAAAGGCAAUGGUAAAAAUGUUCGAUAUCGGACCGAAUGGCACCCAUGUCGCGGCUCUCACCUUUUCAGACAAUGUGGCCACGGAAUUCUAUUUUGACGAGUUCGAAACUAAGACGGAAGCUGCAGAAAUGGUUGGGAACAUUACACACGCCUAUGGAUCUUCCACAUACACACAUAGUGCUCUGCAGGCCCUGCGAGAAGAUAUAUUCACAACUGAACACGGUAUGCGUGGCACCGUCCCAAAAAUUGCCAUACUACUUACUGACGGAAAAUCCACCUACGGAGAGAAGACACGGGCGCAGGCCGAACUGGCCAAAGAUGCCGGUAUCAAAAUUCUAGCGAUAGGAAUAGGAAAUGUGAACGAUGAUGAGCUUCAAGCCGUUGUCACAGACCCGGCAGACAAGAACUACUUCCAUAAGAAUAGUUUCAGUGAGCUCAAGUCUGUGGUUUUCAAGGAACUGAUCGCACAGGCCGCGUGUAAAGUCAUCGAAACCACAACCACAAAGGCACCUACGACAACAACAACAACGACGACGACUACGACCACGGAGGCAACAACAACAACAACAACAACAACGACCACUGAGCCCACGACGACAACCCCAGAACCAGUAUCAACAACCCCAGACUAUGCGAUGAUGGCAGACCAAGCCCAGCAAUCUUGCCAGGGGAAGCAGGCAGACGUUAUUUUGAUUGUUGACAUGUCCAGCAGUAUAUGGACGGAACACUUCAGACAAGAACUGAGAUUCCUCUCUGACCUUGUUAGUAGAUUUGAUAUCGACAGCGGAAAGACGAGGGUAGGAAUGAUAACAUUCAGUGAUGCCUCCGAGGCAAAGUUCUACCUGGAUGACUACAGUACCCAGGAAGAAGUUAGUAAAGCUAUUCUACAAGUGGAAUCUGCAGGUGGUAUAACAAACACGCACCUGGCGCUACAGGAAUUGGUUGAAGAAAUGCUUAGCAAAAAGCAUGGUUCCCGGCCCGAUGUAGCCCACAUUUGUAUUUUGAUUACUGAUGGUAGAUCCAGCAAACCGGAACUCACACUGCCGCAGGCUGAAUUGGUCCACAAGGCCGGCGUUAAUGUCUUCGCAAUCGGAGUUGGAAAUAUGACAGAUACAGACGAACUGCGUCUGAUGGCAUCUAAACCAGAGUUUGCAAUCGAAGUGGACAAAUACAGUGCACUGAAACAUAUCCACAAUCUUCUUGCAUACGAAGCUUGCGAAGUACCUCAGGGCGACCAGCCACAGUGCGCAAAAGACCUUAAAGCCGACAUUAUGUUUGGGUUGCACGGAAUAGGUGGCGGAGAUAGAAGCCAGGUGACGGAAUUUAUCAAGUCUGUGGGUGGCGCUUUCGAUCUGCGAUCCGGAAAUGUGAAAAUAGGCAUGAAUGAGGAUUGUGGGAAGGCAAUGUUUAAACUUUCAGAAUUUGAAGACAAAGAGUAUUUCAGCUCCACUGUUGAAGAAGUUAUGGGCAACCAAAUCUCAACAAUGAUUGGGAACAUACGUAGAGGCUUCGGGUUUUCAAGAGCAGACGCAGAUAGAUUUGUGGUGUUGAUCGUAUCUGGAAGAAUUGAAGAUAUGGACAUCGCCUUUGAUGAGGUUAAGAGGUUGAAAUAUAAUAAACGAAUCAUUGUCGUCGGCGUCGGUAAAGGCGUUGAAAAGGAGCAACUGAUGUCUCUAGCAAGUUAUAAGGACACCUCUAAAGAAGAUGACACGCACGUGUUUAUGGUAGAGGACUCUGAUGAGUUACUGUUCGAGGUCAAGAAGAUCCAUCGCCUAAUGUGCAAUGCUCAGUAAUCAUACAUAGAAGUGAUGUAAAACAGUUAAGUGCUCUUAUGGUAGCCUGUGAAAUACUACUAAAACACCAAUGUGUUUGUUUACAUUUGCAACCAUUGGCUGUUCUUCUUAGUUUAGUUGACUGUUGGCUCAGAUGCCCAGACUCCUUCGUGCAAUGCAUAGAUGUCAACUGAGAUUCAACUUCUUUUGAUAGAAAUACUGUUUGCAAAUGCAGUAGCAGGUUAAUGAUCAGUCACUCGUAAACGGACUGUGAAUUGUAUAUGCACUGUUUUUGUUUAAAUAUCAUAUGUUUUAGCUUAAUACAACAUACAAUUCGUUGGAAUAUAAAACUGAAGUGCAAUUACAUUGUAGCUUUCAUCAGUCUAUAUUGCCCUUAAUCAUUUAAACAUUAAGAGAGACUUACAGUCUGUAAACGGAUUAAAUCUUAGACAAGCUUGA